AUGGCCGAAGCAAUCGGUCUCGCGACAAGCGUGAUCGCCGUCGCCGAAGUCACCGGCAAGGCCAUAGGCCUCACUCUCAAAAUUAAAUCGCUCUGGCGCGAAGUCAAGAACGUCCCAACAGUUCUUCUCGAAAAGGCCGAAGAGCUCCAAGAUCUCGACGAUUAUCUCAAAGAUGCCGAAGCUCAGACUGCGAGCAGUCCUAUAUCUAAAUCGAUAAUCAACGAUGAGAUUAUGCAAAAGUCGCUCCGGCGAGCCCGCGCCGCGUUGGUAGACAUACAAAAUACAAUCGAUGACCUCAGUCUUCAGAUGUCUGAUCCGCGGAAGCACCGACGCAAAUUGACUGCUGCAAGGUUUCUCUUACAGAAAGAUACAAUAGAAGACAUGGAACGAAAGCUCGACCGAGCUUUGGAACUUUUCAAGGUGGCUCAAGGAACCUAUUGCACACCAGUUGUUGCCAACAUAGCUGGCAAGGACAACCUUGAUAUGUCUCAAGGCACAACCGCGAUUGGAAGGUUUCGUCUUGGGUUUGGAGACGACGUCUUCCGGAUUUCACUCAGAUCACCCAGUUGGCUCGGCAGCAAAGUGUACUCCGCCAUGUGCCACAAGAGCAUGGUUGGGUGGCAAAUCAAUCUUACAACCUACGUGGUAAUCAACUCGUUCCGCGGUAUUGAAGACGCCGUGAAGUCCGAUGAUCCACAGGCUCUCAUGAAACAUCUGCGAUCAACAUCACUGACACCCUUGGUUGAAGACGAAAAGGGGCAAAACUUGUUAUAUCUUUGCGCCGAAAACCGAUGGCUUAAUAUUGCGAAAUGGCUUCUUACCUUUGGGUUGUUUUCUGGUUCUUACAGCAGCGAAGAGAAUGAUUGUUUAGAGUUCGUAUUAAGAAAGUAUCAUUCUACGGACGCGAAUAUGCUGACUUAUUGCAGGGACUCGCGAUCAAGAAGCCUCAUCUUUGAGGCUGCCAAUAAGUUGUGGCAUCCUCCAGACUCGCAUACUCCAUCCGACUUGAUUACACUGUUCGCUUCACACGCGGCGGAUGGAGAAACUGGUGUAUCAGUGGAGUGGAUGGGGUUCAUCGCAGGCCUUACAGACUUUGGUAAUUUUACCAGGCUACUUCAUUCCAAGUCGCCGGCGUCCAAUCCAAAAUGGUUUUACUUUGAAUCGAGACUUCGCUUUACGUAUAGCGGAAUACGUGGCUCUGUUUGGACAUUGAGGCAACUUACUGCUGUCCUUCCGGAGCUCAAAAGCCCCACAAGAGAGCUCGUGGUGUCCUGGCGGCUCGCAGGGAGGAAAUAUCUCAUACCGAGCCUCGUUGCAUCGGGGAUCGGGGCACGGGCUGCUCGAGCCCCCCGUGGUUAUCCUGCCCGUUCACAUUCUGUUAACGAAUAUGCGCGUCUAGCCGGCCAGAUCAUCGCACUGGAUCCCGAAAGCCUCAUACAAGCUGCGACCACACGCCACAGAGCAUCGAGUGCGCUGCACAUGCUGAUGAGAACGCUGCUUAGCAACUUCCAGCCAUGCUCGACAGACCAAGCGGACCACAUCAUACAAUCGACUUUACAAGUCUGGGUGAAGAUGCUGCAUGGCAACAAGGUGAAUCUGCUACAACAUGGUCGUCAGUCGCGAACGACCUACACCGUGCCAAGACGUCAUGUGCUUCCUGGAUGGUCGUUUCGGUUGCUUCAGAACCCCAGCGAGCCGCGUAAGCGCAAUAAGAAACGUAAUCGAGAGUAUCGAAUCGAAUAUAUUGGCAUCAGUUACGGUCCCUUGCCAGAACAUUGGAGAGUAUGGUGGACGGUAGACUUUGAGUGUUAUGCGGGUGAGUUUUGGAGAAUGCUCGAGGAUUCUGGGAUCAAAAUUCCAGGAAGCUGGGUGGAUGACACAGAUUUCGGCGAUAAAUCGACCAAGCUUGUGCCAUCAUGGGCGCAUGAAGGAACUGGUCCGUUGAUUUGGUCUGAGUAUCGCAAGAUUAGGCCGCCUAUAUAA